UUAUUUAUUUUUGUUAGAAUCAAAAUCUCACUUUGAUCAUAAUAUAUUAAUAACUCGAAUUCAUUCCAUCUCAAUUUACAUUGAAAUGUAAAUUUAAAAGACAAAUAACUUAAAAUAUCUUUAAUAGUCAAUUCCAACUUCAAAAUAUAACAUAAAACGAUUCAGCUGAGAAUCACCAUAGCAAACAACCAAGGGAGAUAGGACUCAUUUAUCACAAAAAGAAAUGAGCUCUGAAGAAGCAAAGAGAAGCAUCAAUGGAGCUCUGAAGGCCGUGAAACCGAAAACCGACGAUCCGAAGCUUUCUCCGGAGUCCACCACUUCACCACCCAAAAAAGUCAUCAUCAAAAGCGCCGACAUGAAGGAAGAACAGCAAAAAGAGGCUGUCAAUAUAGCCAUCUCCGCAUUUGAGGAGAACAAUGUUGAGAAAGAUGUAGCAGAGCGCAUAAAGAAGGAAUUCGAUAAGAGACAUGGACCUACUUGGCAUUGCAUCAUUGGUCGCAAUUUUGGUUCAUACGUAACUCACGAGACGAACCACUUUGUUUAUUUCUACUUAGAUCAGAAAGCAGUUUUGCUCUUCAAAUCUGGUUAAAAUCAUGCUGUUAUGUUGAUGAAACAGUGGCGGUGGUCGUAUAAUCGCUAGAUGAAAAGCCUUUUACUUAUCCUGGUUACGGUUUUAGCAACUGUAGCCUAACUUGUAUAUUUCAUUACAUCUAAGUCGGGCUUGAAUCAUUGUUCUCAAA